AUGACUAUGUCGGCACCCAAAAUUGUGUUGAAGGAUGGCGUGCUCCUCAUUCAUGGAGAGGAUGGCAAGGUGAACCCACAGCGGUUGGACAUUCUCAUUGAAGGAGACACAAUUUCGAAAAUCAGCCGACACAUCGAGACAACUGGCAAUGUUGUCAAAGUCUUCGACUGUGAGGGCAAGAUCGUGUCUCCCGGCUUCAUUAGCACACAUCAUCACGUCUGGCAAACCGCGCUCAAAGGUCGUCAUAUCGACCACACGCUGGUUGAGUACCUACCGCGAGGAAACUUCAUUGGCUCAUUAUUCUCUGCCGAAGACGCAUUUUGGGGUGAGCUUGGUGGUGCACUUGAAGCAAUCGAUGGCGGCACCACGACCAUUGUGGACCACUCCAGUCUGAAUGUUGGCCCAGACUUCCCCCCUACAAUGAUCCAAGCCCUUGUCGCCUCUGGCCUUCGCGCUGUCUACUGCUACUGCGUUCCCAGAACAACCAGCUGGAGCCCCUUCUCUACAGCAGAUGAUUAUACGUCUUCACAUGUUCUCGAGAAUUGGAAAUUGCUAGCCGUCAAUGGCCCAUACGGAGAUGGCCGAGUUCAGCAUGGUUUUGCGGUGGACAACAUGCAUCAGUCGGCCGACCAAAUGAAGCACCUCGACUCGGAGCUUCGCACUGCAAAUGCCAAGGUUAUAACAUCACACGGAGCCGCAGGUCUAGCCUUUGGCAAUAGCCCUUAUGUCCUCCAGGUUCUCAAAGGCCACAACCUGCUAGGCUCAGAUAUCCUCAUCUCCCACGCUAACUUCCCAAAGGAUGGCGACGCAGAGCUUGUCAAGGAGCACGAUGUCUACAUUUCUGCCACGCCUAACACAGAGCUUCAGAUGGGCUGGCCGCCGGUCGCCCUUCAGCCUGAAUUUGAAGCACACUCUAGCCUCGGAGUUGACUGCCACAGCUGUGGUAGUAGCUUUAUGCCUAGCCAGAUGCGGCGCGGCUUGCAGUAUGCCCGUGUCGAACGACAAGAGAAUCUGCGAAAACAGGGCAAGUGGAGCCGCCAUGUCGGACCGUCGGCAGAGCAAGUCUUCAACCUCGCUACAAUUGGCGGUGCAAAGGCGAUUGGCAUGGCGGGCCAGGUUGGCCAGAUCCGCGUUGGUGCAAAGGCAGACCUCGUUGUGUUCAGCACUGAUAGUAUGUCCAUGCUUCCAGCUGCUGAAGAGGACCCUAUUGCGGCAGUGGUUCUUCAUUCGAGUGAGAGAGACGUGGAGACGGUCAUUAUUGGUGGCGUGAUCAGGAAGGAAAACAGCAAGUUGCUGUCUGUGACAGUCACUGGUGAAGUUGAGGGCGCCAGUGACCUCGGUCUUCACGGGAAAAGCAUCGCAUGGAAGGACGUUGCCAAGAAUUUGGUUCAUAGUCGAAAGAGGUUAAAUAGGAAGGCAGAAGGUAUUGACAUGAAGGCGGUGGAAGAGAAGAUCAUGGACGAUUUCUACAUGAACCGCAAGGGCAUGCUUGAGCAGUCAUGAGUACAUGCAGUUGAACAUCCGCAAUUACUCGGUUACGCGGAGGCCAAGGGGCUGCCUCGUCGGAUUCUAGUUUAAUCUUUGUAUUUUCUCAGGAAAGUUGGAUCGCCGCCUCUGCGUAAAAGCCGACAGCAUGGCUGGCGGUGUUAGUUAAUUUAGCCAGUUUUGAGCCAACCCUGACAAUGGUGGGCACAGACUUAUCGGGUAGAGGAAUCCAAGACAGACAUUAGCCAUGGACGCAACUCGGCAACUGGAAUUGAGGUGUGAAAUAGAUCAAUGCCUGGAUGUUCGGCUCAUGAAUCAGCCAUGACUUGAAUCGUGGAGGAGUAAAUCAAGAAGGAGUAAAUCAAGACGGAGAUAGUUACAACCACACGGAGUUAUCACUCAAGAUGCGGGGAGC